UCGUCGCGCGGGCACAACGCAGGUUAAACCGCCGCUCGUGCGGGCAAAAUGUUUACGCGAACUAACAAGCCGCACUACGCUCCGAACUUUUAACAACUUCAAAAAAUAUUCCGAACUUUCUUUUAGUGAUUUUUCGUACCAGUGUGGACUUUAACCGCUCAAAUGGACAACAAAUCGCCCACUGAGCCAUCCCCGCCGCUGAGGGCGCAAGUGAAAAAGGAGAACGAAGAAGAAAUUAAGGAGUUCGCAGAGACAGCCAUGAAUGAGCUCCUGGGUUGGUACGGGUACGAGAGACUGGAGCUGCGGCGCUGGGCCGCUUCCCGGGCACGUGACGCAUCCAGCCCGGAGCAAGCCGCAGAGCAGAAGAACAAAGACGAAUGCUCCUGGUGCAACAAGAACAUCACGAGCGAGAGUGGCGCGCUGCAGCAAGCUGGGGCCACCUUCUGCUCCGAGCUGUGUUUCAGCCAGUCCCGGAGGGCCAACUUCAAGCGCGCCAAGACCUGCGACUGGUGCCGGCAUGUGCGGCAUACGGUGGCCUAUGUGGAUUUCCAGGACGGAGCUACACAGCUGCAGUUUUGCUCAGAUAAAUGCCUCAACCAAUAUAAGAUGCACAUAUUCUGCCGGGAGACGCAGGCGCACCUCGAUCUCAACCCACACCUGGUCAACGCCUCGUCGUCUUCCAACCUCAUCACUCCCGAGCUUUGGCUCAAGAACUGCAAGAGCCGAUCCGCAUCCCCUACAUCAGAAAGAUCAGGAUCACCAACCCAUGAUAACACCACGACAAAACCAAACACAGAAAAGACAGAAACACAAAAGACUCAAGGCAAAAAGUCCCCUUUGCCCUUGAUUACUAUAGCUCCAACUGCCAAACUGAUGAAGCCAAAAGGACCUUCAGAGGAGAGGACCACCGUGCAAAAGUCGCCUGAAACAAAGAAAGAUGGAAGGACAAACAAAAUGAAUCUGCGUAAACGCAGGUCUUCGAAAUGUUCAGCUACAGUUACGUCACAAACGGUGAGGCAGCGGACGUCGACGCCGAAAGCUCAGGACCUGCGGCUGUGCAGCCCUUCAGUCGACGGCUCAUCGCCCACAUCAACGGCUGGCAACAGUGCAAUCCAUUCUCCUCCUCAUCCCAUAAACUCACACGCAGUACCACCGCCACCAUUCCACAAUCCAAUGUUUGGAAUGCCGCCACCGAUGUAUAUGGAUGGAGGCCCUCACGAUCCGAGACAGCCCAUGUUUCCUCCCAGGUUUAACUUUCUACCGCGACCUGGAAUACCUAUGCAUCAAGAGCGACCCCGCAUUCCACCGCCGUUGAAUUUUCCGCCUCCUCUCGGCCAGGCCCCGCCUGUAACAGUGUUAGUACCUUACCCUGUUGUUCUUCCAAUCCCCAUUCCCAUACCUAUCCCGAUGCCUCUGACGUCGUUCAUCCAAGCGCACUGCGCAAACAAAGUGAAAACAGAAGCCCGGAGUGACGACAACGAAGGACCUUUAGAUUUUACGAUGAAUGGUGAUAAAAAUAGAGAUGAAGCAAAUGGUAUGGAUAGGGAAUCAGAAGCAGAAGUUCCAGGAAACGAAGGCGGUUGUGAACCAAACGGUGAUUUUAAUGAGCGAAUAGAAGAUGAAGAUAAAACUGAAGGCGAAGCCUCCGAGUCUCCAAAUCCAGAACAGACUUUACCGAAGUUCAAAAUAACCAGGUUAGGAAACAAAAUGGCUAAAAUAGUGACUAAACCUAGGGAGCAACCCGAAUCUACCAGACCUCUAAGGAAAAGACGGAGACUGGUUGAAGUCACCACCGACGACGAAGCGCUCAUUCCAAAAACAAGAAAAAUAGUUGAAGUUUAAUAUUGUAGUGUAGUCUUUAGUAAUCAACCGCAUAAAACAAAAAUAUUUCAAAUAUAAUAUAUUCAAUAAUACAUAUCACAACUGCAUGAUAAUCCGAACACAGUUCAAUAUUCUUUCAAUUUGCUAGUCUUAGGUUUUAAGAUGUUUUAUACGAGCCUACUAACUUUAAAUGUGGCAGUAGCCCAGUAUUACGGUUAUAGAGCAGCUAUGUAGAACAUAUUGUGUAAUUUUAAUCAAAUCAGUCAAAUUAAUGUUUUAGGACCAAUAUACGAAAAUUUAAUAGAUUCGUAUUUGGCCUUUGUUUAUUGUAAUAUAGAGUCCAAUAGUAAAUUAGUGGGUAUGUUCGAAGAAUUAGAGCGCACUGUUUAAUGUGAUAUUAGUAACUUAUUAUAAAAUCUCAAUGUAUGUGAAAUAAAAUAUGAUUAGUACCUAAUUUAUCGAUUUUUAUUGACGCCCAUAAAUAAAAGACUAUGGUGGUGAACCCACUCGUAAUUUGUGUUUACAAAUUAAUAUUCUUAAAAAAACAAUAGGUAAAAGCAAUUCAAAUUAUUAUAGUUAAUUAUCCUAUCUGAAUUAAAGUUUAUGAAUGAAUAAUAAAAAAAUGUGUUUAUCUGUUAUGAAAUAGUUAUUAUUACAUGUCCCAAGUCUAUGAAAAAGGACAAAUUAAUGUGGAACACAAGUGUUUUCGAAU